GUGGCAUACUCGGCAAUGCGCGUGCGUAGUGGGCCGCUACCCGGCAGCUCCAUGCAUGCGGUACGAAGACUGCUGACUGUUGCGUCGCCUGUUUUGAAGGGAAUUUUUACAGUUAGAGCAUCGCCAUUCGUCAUGAGUGUUGCGCCAGGAACAGAAGAAUCAGAUGGCUUUGUGGUCAGGGCCAGGGGUCUCCCGUGGUCAUGCACCCACCAUGAAGUCAUGAAAUUCUUUGAUGGGUGUAACAUUUUAGGUGGUAAGGAUGGAAUCCACUUCACGUUCAACAAGAACGGCAGGCCUAGCGGAGAAUGCUUUGUUGAGUUUGAAACAGAAGAGGACUUUGAACAGGCCAUGACAAAACACAAAAAAGAAAUUGGAUCACGAUACAUUGAAGUGUUCCGAUCUAAGGUCGAGGAGAGGGAAUGGGUGAUGAAGCGAAGUGGUGCAGCCUCCUUUCAGGAUAAUGAUGCCUGUAUUCGUAUGAGAGGCAUCCCCUAUGAGUGCUCUAAGGAAGAAGUCAUGCAGUUCUUUAAUGGGUUGGAGAUUGUGGCGAAUGGGAUAACACUGCCUACAGACCAGGAGGGGAAGUGUACCGGGGAUGCCUUUGUGCAAUUUGCAUCAAAGGAGCUGGCAGAGAAGGCUUUGCAAAAACAUAUGCAUAAACUGGGGCACAGAUAUGUGGAAAUCUUCCAUAGUAGUAUGGAUGAAAUUCGUCGAGUUGUGAAUGCCAACAAGUUUGCUCGUGCCUUCCAGAGACCUGGUCCCUAUGAUCGCUAUGGAGGUGGGGCUAUGUUUGGUGGCAGAGGUAGGGGGCCAUCCAGUUCAGGUUUUGAACGACGCUACAGAUUUGAUGGUUUUGGGGGUGGAUAUGAGGAUAACUUCUACGGCGUGGACAACUAUGGAUUUGGUGGUGGCAGCGGUGGUAGCAGUUUUGGAAUAGGCGGGAUGAUGAAUCGACGGGGGAGGGGAAUGAGAGGCAUGGGAAUGAGAGGUGGCUUUGGCAGAGGAGGUGGUGGUGGUGGUGGUGGUGGUGGUGGAUUUGGCUACGGUGGUAGCGGAGGAGGGUUAGGUGGACCAGGAGGUGAUAGCAUGGGACCAGUCUUCCAGAGUCAAACAGGUCAUUCUAUUCAUAUGAGAGGAUUACCCUUCAGUGCUACAGAGGAGCAUAUUAUGGAGUGGUUUGGCAAGUCAGCUGUUCCCUGCCGAGUUGUUAUCAAAUAUAACAGCAAAGGUCAACCGUCGGGGGAGGCAGAUGUUGACUUCAUCCGUCACAGAGAUGCUGUAGCAGCUAUGGGGAAGGACAAGGAACAUAUGAUGCACCGUUACAUUGAGCUCUUCUUGAACUCGGAAGAAGAUGGGGAAGAUGGAGAUGGUGGCUAUGGUGAUAUGCCAAGGAUGCAGUCUGGAAUGGGAGGAAGUGGAGGUGGCAGUUACGGAGGUGGAAGUUCACAGGUCGGAAGUCAAGGUGGUGGAUUUGGUAACCAAGGUAAUGGCUUUGGUAACCAGUCAAGUGGUAUGAGAUCUGGAAGUGGAUAUACAAGCUUUGAGAGCCAGGGAGGGACAGGAUUCCAGGGGAACCAGGGAGGUGGGAGCUCCAGUUCUUUCUACUCUGGGGGUUCUGGAGGGUCUGGAUUUAACCAGGGAUUCUAAACAAAAUCUGAGUGAGAAAACCAGAACAUGAAGACGUCAAGAAUGAAGCCAUUUGUUCUGCCAGUUUGAAUUUUUACAUUUGUUAGUUGAAUCUUUUUUGUGUACAUAAUACAUGGUGUAGUCCUGAUCAUGCUAGCGUAUCUUUUAUUUGCGCACUGUAGUCUGAAAUUUUGUGAUAUUUUUCUUUCUAAUACUUAAUAUGAA